UAUGAUUUGCUUAAAUUUAAGAUAUAUUGUAUUUUUUGUUUGUUUAUUGUAUUCUUAUGUUUUUCUUAAUAAGGGUGUAGAAAAACUUUUGUCUAGUUUGUUAUGGAAGCAAGGCCAGCUAGCUGUUGUUUCUUCUCCCUCUCCAUAGCUGAUCCAUGGUGUAAACCUUGAUCUAUAAUAUUUUCAAAGUUAUUUUUAAGAUGUUUGCUUUUUACUUUUGAAGUGUUUAUGAUGAUGACUAAUUGACUAACCCAGAUUUUAACACUUAAAAUUGUUAAUGAUAAAAUCUGACAUUUCUUUCCUUUCUGGACUCCGACUUGACAGUUAUUUUGCUGUUUUGUUGCUGUUUUUUUUUUUCGUUAACUGUUACAUUCUGAAUUAUUGUGAAGCAUUUAUUAUCAUUUGGAAUUAACAUUGCUUCAAUCCUUGCUAAAGAUAAGAUAACAUCUGCAUGAAAGAUAAUUUUAUGAACAAAAUACAUACCCUUGUUUGACAUACACCUCUUAAAGCCUUGGAAAGCAUUCCAGCACACCUUUUGUCAAUAUUCACAAAGCAAGCAGGUUUCUUUCUUCUGAUCUCUGGUCACUAAUGAUACUUUGCUAUAAAAUAUUUCUUUUUGCAGGGAAAAAACUCGAAGUAUUUUCAGACCAGUUUGUGUGCUUUGAAACUCUUGUAUUCAGAUGAAAAAUUGCUUCAUAUACAAUGGCUUUCUUCGUGUACAGCCAGCUGUCGAAUGUGUAGCUUCAUGUGAUGUGUUGCUCUUCUCAUAGUGGGGCUUGGAUGGACAGUUGAUGGAUUUAACACAUUGCUCCUACCACAAGAGGCUGUUUUGCUCCCACUCAUAUUUUCAACUGAAUUCUCACCUAUCAACACUGGCAAAUAUUCACAAGAUUUACCACACCCUCAAUAGGCUGAAUCUGACAGAGGACGUUGGUCAAGACGAUCACCAGACAGGAAGUCUCCGGUCUUGCAGUUCAUCAGACUGCUUUAGUAAAGUGAUGCCUCCAAGGAAAAAGAGGAGACCUGCAGCAGGAGAUGAUUUGUCUGCUAAGAAAAGUAGACAUGAUGGUAUGUAUAGAAAAUAUGAUUCGACUAGAAUAAAAGCAGAUGAAGAAGUCUUUUCAAGUAAGAGAUGCUUAGAAUGGUUCUACGAAUAUGCAGGCACUGAUGACGUUGUAGGGCCAGAAGGUAUGGAAAAAUUUUGUGAAGACAUUGGAGUCGAACCAGAAAAUGUAGUUAUGCUUGUGCUAGCAUGGAAGUUGGAUGCACAAAACAUGGGCUACUUUACAUUACAAGAAUGGUUAAAAGGAAUGACAUCACUACAAUGUGAUACAACAGAAAAAUUGAGAAAUUCUCUGGAUUACUUGAGAUCUUUAUUAAAUGAGCCUGCCAAUUUCAAACUUAUUUAUAGAUACGCAUUUGACUUUGCACGGGAAAAGGACCAGCGCAGCCUAGAUAUCAAUACUGCCAAGUGUAUGUUGGGCCUUCUUUUAGGAAAAACAUGGUCCCUUUUUCCAGUAUUUCACCAGUUUUUAGAGCAAUCAAAGUACAAAGUUAUCAAUAAGGACCAGUGGUGUAAUGUUCUUGAAUUCAGCAGAACAAUUAACCUUGACCUCAGUAACUAUGACGAAGACGGAGCCUGGCCAGUGUUGUUGGAUGAGUUUGUGGAAUGGUAUAAAGGAAAACAGAUGACAUAGGAGUUUAACUAUGCACAGCCACUCAAGAGUCACUGUUACCACAGUUAUGUCAACCAUUAGCCAUAAACUGCUAUUUGUAUCAAAGUGCAUGCUGCUUUUCUUGCACUGCAUCCCUUUUGCUGGUAACUUUUGAUGUUUGCUCUUUAACAAGCCAGCUAUGCUUGCUGUGUAGCAUUGUUCUCUUUGAAGGCUGCUUUGCAUUCUGUAUUUACACUACGAAUUGGUGAAUUUGCCAGCAUCUUCACUGUGAUUUAUGUGUAUAUUGCUGUCUAAAUUUUGUAUAUGUGUAUAAAAAAAAAAGCUUCACUUAGGGAUUAUUUCUGUAGAAAUGUAUUGUAAAAAUAAUCUUGUGGCAUAAUUCUAGUAAUCACUUGCAUAUUUGAAACUUCAGUUACUUUGUUUUUCGUUCGGUCUCAAAUGUAGCAUUUCAGAAAACAAAAUGAACAGACUGCUUGGACAUAGUUAUGUGAAGAACUAUUGUCAAUUUUAAUGUUACUAUUUGAGAUGCCAGUUUCUGAGGGAAGAAGACAUGCUGUGACUUUCUUCACCAGAAUUCACCAAACCUGAGCUAUUGCUUAACAGGAACGAAACGUUGGUGUCUUAAAAAAUAAUAUAUACAUAUAAAUACUAAAACACUGUAAUAAUUAUACAUGCCACAGAUGACUUCCAUUUGAAGAAAAAAGUACUGACUUUUUAAUGUUAAAACUGCAAUAGUCAUUACAGGUACAAAUGAACAAAUUAAAGUACCUUUUAAAAAUGGUUUUUAGAGUUCUGUAAAUUGCCUUUGGCAUAUUUCUUUUAAUUUUUGGUGUAGAGUGUUUGGUAUAUGUGCGAUCUAGUGAAAUAGAAUCUUCUAGCUAAAAUGAGUCAUUUGGGGAAUAAAGUCUGCUUACCCCUAGCCCAUAGAUAAUAUACUUUUUUUUCAUUUUUAUUUAUAAUGUUAAUCUUGGCCAGGUUUUCUAACUUUAUGUUUCUAAGUGAUUAAAAAUAUUGUAUUGAAUAGUCAAAACAUUACUUUUUCUUUCAUGCUGGGGAUUGGAAUUUCCUAGCAGAAUGCCUGUUGCAGGCAAUGGGCAUGUUGAACACCAGCAUUAAAUGACAGUACAUUUUAGUAGGGACUACUGGUUAUUUCACUCAUUUCUUUAUAUGUGUAGGACAGUUCUAGUGAUUAUUUUGGGGAAAAUGAGUGAAUUAAAUGAUGUUUUAUUUCUAUAAUUUUAUCAUCUUGUCUUUGCCUUACCUUUCUUUAUUACAUAAUGUUAGUGUUGAUUUUUAUAAAUAGGUCCUUGGUGUAUCCGGUGCUAGUAAACUUUGAUCCCUAAGGAUUUAUUAAAAUGUUCCAUAUUGAUUCAUGGAGCAUUUGACAAAAAAGGACCAGUGGAUGAUUGGAACAAAGAGUAAUACUACUUUUCUGUAGGAAUAUUUUACAAGGUAUUGGUGGUUUUUCUGUUUCUCUGGAGAGUGGGGUGGAAUGUUUCAGGUCGAAUGUUAAAUUUUCAGCUGUAUUCUGCCAUCACUGAAUUCAGGAACAGCUGUGAUUAUUUUGACUGCUUUCAGGAUUAAACCGAGCUUAACAAAGCUCAUUUGUUUGCUGCCCUGGACCUGGAGGUUGUAAUUGUGGUGCAGGUGGUCAGUUGUGUUGACGUUUGUGGUUGUUUUUAUUUUUUCAAAUUCAGCUGCCAAAGACAAGAAUUGUUUGUGUGUAUCUGUGUAUAUUUGUAUAUACAUAAAUAUAUUAUAUGUAUGCAUAUACAAAGCCUAGAAUUCAUGAUGCUAAGAGGAAAAUGCUGCCUUUCCCCUGAAAUAGUCAUGUUUGGAUUACCAUGACACUAAUUAGUGCUCUUUAUAGUUAAUAAUGGUAAAAAGUACAUAGUCAUUGCUUCUCAUGUACUAAUACACACAACCUGAAUUCCAUGUUUGAUGCCAGUUUGCACAAGAAAUUAAUUCAGUGGAGUGUGGUAUUUAAUGUUUACAGUAAGCCUCUUACUAAAACACACAUUUUUAUUAAGACUUCUGAUGUAAAUGUGUAUAUUAUCAUAGUAUAAUGGUAGGGAACUAUCAAUGGAGCUGCUGGUUUAGUUCUUAAAAGAAUGAACUUAGAAGCAAUAUAACUUUUAACAUUAGGCUAAAUUGUGGUUGAUAAGAUUUUUAUGUGAAAUACUGUAAUUGUUUUUAAAUGUUAAGCUAGUUACUGACUCUAGUUUAGCACAAAUUGGCAUGAGUUCUGCAAGAAAUACAAAGUUUGCAUAAAAGGUUUUGUAUGUCACAACUAAUUUGGCUUCCAUUAUUGGAAGUAAGAGCCAAAGACACUUUUUAAUCUAUUACUGUUAGAGGUGUAACUUUCACGUAACAGGGUCAACAGAAAUCUGUACAGCUGAACUGGGUGCUCUUUUUCCAAUGUUUAGCAGAAUACAAAGUUUAAUGAAAGCCAAGAAAACAGAGGAAAAGAAACCUCAGGAAGUACUCACUCUGUAUAAGUAAACAAACUAUUUUUUUUUUUUUCUUUGAGUGAAAGAAAUUGGGAGUGAUGGAAAGGAAGAAUGUGUUUGGAAAUGAAUCAGACUGCAGUUUUUUUUCUUCCACUUGACAGGAGCAUUUAUCUGUAGUCUUCAACUAGUUUAUAAACAUCUAUCUUCAAAAAAUAAAGCACAAAUUGAAUUGCAGCUAGUCGACAACUUUACUGACAUUUAUAGAGAGCAAAUGGACUAAAAUGGACCCGUAUGGUUUGAUGAGCUUCCCUGUGCUAUCCAUCCUUCUGGUUCUGCUGUACAUGCUGAUAAGCAGAGGACUCUUAACGUUGCCAGCUCUUGUAUUUUGGAGAAAUUCUCAUUUUUAAUUAAUUGUGGAAACUUAGCUAAGCUACUCACUUUACCUUUUAAGUUUUAUGUUUGCUUUUUUGUUUGUUGUGCCAUGAUAUAGUAGAUGUAGUUUUGUUGGAUUUUUUUUUUUCCUUUUGAGAAAAGUACUGUAUAGGAUAUGCUGAAUUCUUGCAUAAGGCACUGAGAGGUCAUUCUGGCAGAAGUGUCACAGGCUUUUGGUGAUCUUUCUGGUAUACUGUGUAUAUCCUUACAGUAGAAAUUUGAUGAUCUUUCUGCAGUUCAUGCUUGGUAUUUAGGAGAUGUAAAGUGGAAAACCAGUUAGUGAAAAGAAAAUAGCUUCCAGAGAUGAUAGAAAUGGGCAGCCGAUAGGUGACAGACAUUUGGAGCUCUUUGCACUUGGUGAUCUUCAAGGUCUUUUCCAACCUAAGUGGUUCUGUGAUUAUAUGAAUAUUAGUAACUGAAACAUUCCUCAAAUUACAUUUUAUUCUAUGGCAAAAUAAUAUUAUUUAAAAUAUUAAUAUAAUUGUGUUACUGUUAUUUUUUCACUUAAUCUUUUUCAAGAGAAGUUGAAGAGGAUAGAAUUUAUUGGAAUAUAUACUUUAUAUACUUGAAUUGUUCAUUUAAACCUCUUUAAGGUUGUCUUUAAGCUACAAUAAAUAUUUGGGUUACUUUUGUGUAGGCUUUUCUGACAUUUGUAUAGGACUGGAGGCUUCUCCCAUUUUACCACAACAAUGUGUGUUUUAUUUCAUCAACAGUCUGCUCACACAAUCAAAAUUGCUACAUGGUUAAUGUUCCCAAGUUACUUUUUUGAAGGGCAAGAAGUGGGCUACAGUUUUAAGGUUUUCCUAGAUUUCUGUUGACCCUUGGUUGCAAGUCUAACAAAUUGUUUAAUACUCUGGAAUUCAAAUAGCUUUAACAGUUAGCUUGUGCCCCAGUUUAAUCCUAACUGCUGAAAUACCUCUUUCUAGGCCUUAUAUUUUGUCCUUUCUUAUUGCUGUGAAAGUGUAUAGCACUCAUCCACCAACUGAAUAGUUUGUUGUCUGUAACUGAGACCAAAACUAAGCUUGAUAUUUUUAAUUUUUUCAAAUUAUUUCUCCUGUGUGCGUGUGUGUGUACACGUGCUGUCACAAAAUGUUACCUGCUGGCACUGCUGUUGCAGGAACCACAGUUAACCCGUAACUGUGAAUACUUCAUGUCUUAGUUAUUUGGAUAUUACAUAAAUAAGGUGUGCUAAACUCCUGUGACUCAUGACCUGGUGAAAAUACUGUUAUGCCACCUAACAUGAAUUCAUCUGGUUAAUUUUUAGGUCUUUUCCUGGUGUUGAUGUAAAAUGGCAUCCGACAAAUAAACAGUAUUUGUGUUGGUUUCAGCAACUGA